UUUCUUCCAUAAUAAUCCCACAAAAAACAUUAACACAUGGGUAGUUGUGCAUCAAAUCUAUAUGCAAGCAAAGGUGGAGAAAACAAAUCCACUUUUGUGAACAUAGUUCUCUCAAAUGGAAAGUUACAACAAUUUAAAGAGCCAAUAAAAGCAUGGCAUGUCUUGUCUCAAAACCCAAACCAUUUCAUUUGUUCUUCAGAAUCCAUGUAUGUUGGCUCACCAUUUCAUCCUGUGCUUCCAAAUCAAGAGCUUCAAUUGGAUCAUAUAUAUUUCCUUCUCCCACUCUCCAAAUCAAACGUGUCACUUUCUCUACAAGAUCUGUGCUCUCUAGCCAUCAAGGCUAACACAGCUCUUGUAAAUGAUCCAAACUCAAUGUUGAAACCAUCUUCUGUUUCAGAAAUUAGAAAUUUCCAAACAUACCCUAUUCUUUCAAACGUUUCUCUUGGAUAUUCACAUUAGUCAAAAGUUGACAUCAACGACUAGAUUCCUACUUGGAGUACACUGUACACAAAGUACUACACAAGUAGUAUGAUCAAAAUCAAGCUUAAUAAAUGCAAUUAUUGAUGUGGAAUAUUUGAUUAUCA